AUGGAGCCCGCUCUCGCUCCAUCAUUGCGAGUAAUUGGCUCGAGGACUUCUGAAAAUGAUAUCAGAACGAUCACGCCAGUCGCGCAAGACGUCAAGAAAAGCGAUGAUGAAGAGAACACUACCACCUCACCAGCCGCUGCUGGGGUGACGGCAAUCACUCGAGGUGAAACGUUGAUGCCAGAGGCAUUUCCAGAAGGAGGUCUUCAAGCAUGGUUGUGUGUCCUAGGCUCAUUCUUUCUUCUGCUGCCUUCCUACGGUCUCAUGGUCUCGGUUGGUACACUACAAGACUACUGGCGCGAGCAUCAAUUGAAAGCCUACUCCAUCAGAGAUAUUGGCUGGAUCCCAUCAGUAUACGUCUACCUUGGUCUUGGCCUUGGCCUCUGGGUUGGUCCAUUGUUCGAUCGAUAUGGACCUCGUGUACUCACUAUUGUUGGAAGCAUCAUAUAUAUCAUAACGAUGUUUGCCUUGGCAGAGUGUAAAAAAUACUGGCAUUUCAUGCUCUGCCUCGGCGUUGUGGGUGGCACUUCUGCUGCGCUGAUCACAACAGCCGGACUAUCCGCAGUUAGUCACUGGUUUGAUAAACGCAGGGGUCGGGCAACAGGAUUUGCUAUGAUCGGAAACACCAUCGGUGGGACUUUUAUUCCACUGAUACUGCGAGCGACAUUUCCCCGCUACGGCUGGGCUUGGGCCAUUCGAAUUCUCGCCCUCGCAAUGCUGGCCUGCCUGAUUAUCGGCAACAUUUUCGUGAAAGGUCGGCUCACACCCGGCCCACCAUCUGCUGAGGAGAAUAAGAGAGGUGUGAUGUCUUUCCACCUCUUCGCCGACGCUCGCUUCACUUUAUUCGUCUUAACAGUGUGGGGUAUUGAGAUCGUUCUGUUCGGUAGUCUCGGAAUUCUGCCCACGUACAGCAGCCUCCAGGGCUAUCCAUCCAUGACAGGCUUUUACGUGAUCUCAAUAAUGAAUGGCGUUAGCUGUCUCGGACGGAUCCUACCCGGGUUUGUUUCUGAUUACGUUGGCCGUUUCAACAUGUUGCUCCUCAUGCUCUUCCUCACCUGGAUCGUCAUGCUCGUAAUCUGGCUCCCUUUCGGUUCGAAUAGCCUCACAGCUCUCUAUAUCUUCGCUGCACUUUUCGGAUUCGGCACAGGCUCUUGGAUGGCCUUGGUCCCCGUCUGUGUUGGGCAACUAUGCCGUGCAGAGGAAUUUGGAAGGUACUUUGGGACCUGCUAUUUCAUUGCAAGCCUGGCCACUUUAGUGUGUAUACCUAUCGGUGGUGAAUUGGUGGAAACGGUGGGGCCACAACCUAUGGCUGGAUUCUUUUGCGCUGUGCUCUUCCUGUCCUUGAUCUGUUUUGUAUUAAGUCGGUGGGCUUGCUUGGGGUGGAAGUGGAAAUGGAAUGUGAAGAUUUAA